GCGCAGGAUUCUCCUCCUCAUUAGGCUGGGGUGCUUCCUCCCUGCCUCUCAAGCGACUAGCGACAGUGAGAAGAAGUGACGCCGAGUGAAAAUGUUUGCCGGAAUUUCUCGUACCAUUGCGAAGCAACAGGCCACAAUGGGUCGCCCGUGCUGCCCGGGAAGGCUGCUGGCGUGAAUGUGGUGAAAGCGGUGACGAAGUGAGUGACGAAAAUGCGAAUUGUGUCCUUGGAGGCAACCAUCCUGCACCCCCUAACCGAAUGUGCCAACAUGUCCUGAAUUGUUUGCCUCGCACACGGUUUGAAGGUUGCCUAGUCGUUGUUUUGGUGUGUCCAUUUUUCGUGGUGCUGUGUUUUUAUUUUUCUUUGCUAAGGUGGAAUUAAAGUGCGUUCAAUUCGAUUCCGUGUGACAUUUAGCGUUGAUUUUCUGGCGCUUCGUCCAGGUUUGAGGUCCGUCUAACGGUUCGCGCGGUGCAUGUGGUUCACCGGUUACUGCUGCGGCGUGAACGGAGCACGCACAGCAGCAGCAGCAGCGGUGGGACGGGAUUGUGACGGCGGUAACCACAACCACGACCACUACGGUGAGGAUCACGAAAACUACAACCAGAAGUGGAAGUACCAGCAGCACGAGCAAACCGUUAUGGGUUGCACACCGAGCAUCCUCUCGAACGGAAGCAACAAUCAGCAGCAGCAGCAGCAGCAGUCGCGCAAGGAUAGUGGCCUGUACGUGGGCAACGUGGCGACCAGUGGCAAUGGAAGCAACGAUACCAGCAGCAAUGCCGCCGCCAACAACAACAAGCUAAGCAACAGCAGCCCGGUCAACCCGACGAUGGUCAAUGCGCCCUACCCGGGUGCAGCAUCGAAGGACGGUGGUACGGAAAAGGAAAGUGCGAAAAAAGAUUCGAUCGUUUCGAUAUCCGCCACGGGGCACAUUACAAGCUUUCCUGUCGUUUCCACCACCGUUAGAAGACCGACCGCUGGAAGUAAGUUUCACCAAUACUCAUCGGCAAGAUUGUGCUGUGGUACCUCCAGCAGCUCGGGACGGUACGGUCAUCGGAAGUCGUCGCUGGCAUUAACACCGGAGGAGGAACCGCUCGACUCGUGCCCGAGAUUAGUAUCGGAUCUGAAGUUUCCCAACCUGUUACCACCGAAUCCUGUGAUUAAGAUUUUGAUUGCCUUCUGCAAGAAUGAUCCCGUGUUCGAUGCGCUGGUUAAUGCCAGCCACCGUCUCAGCCUGGAGCCAACGUUCGUCAAGUCGGCCGAAAGUGCGAUUGAAGCGUUCCAAAAUCCGAGCUCGGGCGGGCACCACAUCAUCAUCGUGGACGCGCGAUACCCGCGCACGAUGGAGGCGGAAGCGCUCGGCAGGUCAAUUCGCAAUUCGAAGGGUAGCCAACAUACGACAAUGGUUGCGGUAGUGAAAAAGAGUGUAUUUGAAAAGGAUGAUACGGCUGUGAUUUCUCUGCUGGAUGUUGGCUAUAACAGGUGCAUUAUCGAGUCUCCACAUGUAUCGAUUUGUUCGUCGGAGCUGCGGCAAAUCCAGCACUCGCUCGUCAGACCGCAGAAUGUGAUAUCGACUCAACAGGCACUAUAUACGGCGCUUCAUCGAUCGAGGGAAGCGGUCAUCAUUACCGACGAUACGCUCCGGGCACAGUAUGCGAACCGAGCUAGCGAACGUGUGCUGAAUAUGAAGCUGGAUGAAAUCGUUGGCAGAUCUCUGAACGACUUGGUAACGGCCGAUAUUAGUAAUAUUUUAUCUCAUACCAGUAGAUAUAAGGACUACGACGGUUACCUUACCACGCGGAGAAAGUCCCAAGAAUCAUCACAAAUCCAUGUUCGUGCCGUACCUGUCUCGUGCAUCGGAAGGAAUCCCACACACUUAGUUUUAAUCCUAGAAUCAUCAUCCAGCGCACUCGUGUCAUCGAACGCGAUCGGAGAGGCACUGCAAACGUUACCGCAGGGUAAGGAGGUACCCCGCGGUUCACUGCACUCGAUCCGACGGGGCAGCUUCGACGUGCGGUCAAUCGCGUCGGAUGGGCUGCGGCGGACCAGCCUGGCGAAGUUGUCCUCGCUGCCGCUCGAGGCACCGAUCACCAAAGUACUGAGCCUGCUGGCACAGGUUCAGGAAAACUGCUCGCUCGAAGAAGCCAAGCUGCUGGACCGGGUGAUGGAGUUCCUCAAGCGGGAGGGACUGUACAGUCCGCAGAUGAAGGAAAUCCGCACCGAGGACCCGGUUGCCACCGAUCUGAUAGGGGCCCUGCUCACGCAAGGACCAACGAACAUCCUGUCGUCCAGGCGCAGCUCGAACGACUCCAUCAUACGCGGCGGUGGCCGACCAUCUACAGGGAGCAUCGUUUUCAACAAAACCAAAGAAUCUUCAGAACUGUCCGACCUGCUACAGACGGCCCUGGAUUGGGAUUUUGAAAUAUUUAAGCUAGAGGAACUUACCGAGAAACGUCCAUUAGUGUGUUUAGGAUUAGAACUGUUCCGGCGGUUUGAUGUGUACAAUACGUUCAACUGUGACGAGAUGACGUUCAAGCUGUGGCUCAUUGAGAUGGAGAAGCACUACCACAGCGAGAAUACAUAUCACAACAGCACUCAUGCCGCUGACGUGAUGCAGGCCACGGCAGUCUACCUGCAGCAGCUGAGCAACCGAGAGAUAAAAAUAAUGGACCGAAUGGACGAAGCGACCGCUCUCAUUGCCGCCGCAACCCAUGACAUAGACCAUCCGGGCCGUUCGUCUGCCUUCCUGUGCAACUCCGACAGCUCCCUGGCCCUGCUGUACAACGACAUUUGUGUGCUGGAGUCGCAUCAUGCGGCGACCACAUUCCGGUUGACGCUAGCCGACGAUAAGAUCAACAUCUUCAAAAACCUGGACCGGGACAUGUACAAAUUGGCGCGCUCCAUCAUUGUCGACAUGAUACUGGCGACGGAGAUGACGCGACAUUUCGAACAUCUCGCCAAGUUUGUGAGCGUGUUCGGCACGGACGUGGAGUCGAAGGAGCCGAUACCGCCCGAUAACGACGACAAUCAGAUACUUGUCCGGCGUAUGCUGAUCAAGUGUGCGGACGUGAGCAACCCAACGCGCCCGCUCAAAUUCUGCGUCGAGUGGGCCCGCCGCAUUGCGGAGGAGUACUUCAUGCAAACGGACGAGGAGAAGCGCAAAAAUCUGCCAAUCGUGAUGCCAAUGUUUGAUCGCACGACCUGCAGUAUCUCCAAGAGCCAGAUUGGCUUCAUCGAGUACAUCAUACACGACAUGAUGGACGCAUGGAACAGUUUUAUCGAAAUGCCCGAAAUCAUACGCUACAUGGAGUUCAACUAUUCCCAGUGGAAGCUGUUCGAGGAGCAAGGCAUCAAUACACUCAGCGACAUCAAGCGGAAGCAGAUGUCACUAAACGAAGAGACGGCAAGUUCGAUCUCCCUGGAGGAGAAGUUCUAGUAAGCCUGCUCCGCCGCGUUUAGGACUUGACAUCCGUCCUGCUCGGUCACGUUUUCAUCGCUAUUUUUUUGCUGGUACAAAACAAAACACAUUGAGACGAAAUUGUACGUGGGGCGGACGGACGAACCACACCACUCGGAACCAUCGAGCGAAGAUUCCGAGUUGUCACAAAAAGGACACGAGAGAGGAAUUAAUGUAAUUACGGAUAACGCCAACGCCAAAGGCCAAACGUCCCAUAAAGCGGACAGCUAACGCGAUCAUCAAUGGGGCGGAUCUUCCUUCCAUGAUUGUAGCAGUAUUGUUUUCAUACCAUCGUCAUUUACCGUACAUCCCAACCCUUACCCUUACAGAACUCGCCGAGUUCUUCGUGCAGCCAGGAGCAGCGACCCAGAAAUGUUAGAAAAUACGCAACAACUAAAACAAAACAAGAUAGAGCGAGAGAGUAUCAUUGGUUUGCACGUGCUAGAAAUUGUUGUCCGUUGUAACAAAAGAAAAACACACACACAGACACACUGCACCAUUUUCUGUAUCACGUACAACGGCAACGGUUGGCCACGGAGCCACAAUUCGAUUGGGAGCGCACAUUAUCAAAUCACGGUAAAAUUAUGUACAUCUAUCAGAGUCCAUCUACCCAACACACCCAACAACGCAUAAAUACACUCGUUUUUUGAGUUUAUCUAGCUUCGCUUAUUACCUGUUCGUUCUAAGAAAUUUGUCUCUUUUGUUUUGUAAAUUACGUAAUAAGAUCUACUAACUCCGCCGGUUUUGUUUAGGUUUUAACCACAUCGCGUAAUCGUCAGGGGGUGAGGGCGUUCGCACGAUAUGCCACGUACACUGAGAGAUAUUGCAGGUCAGGCUGCUGUGUCAGGUUAAUUCUCGACCGAUGUGUCUAUUCGAUUAGGUUAGCGUUAGGUAGUUUGUUUUAAUACCGUUUCCCCUCCCCCAAUCAAACACUCUGCCAGUGUUUCCCAACUACGUUUAGUUUACUCGAUUAAAAUUUGAAUCAUGCAAGGGGUAGGGGCGCUCCACGUAAUGUUAAGUCCGGGGAGCUGUAUAGAUGUAUUAUCACAAAGUAGGCAUAAUUUAUUAGCUUUUGUCACCGUAUUAGUGAGCGCACAAAACCACGUGCGUGCGUGUGUGUGUGUGUGUGUGUGGUAGGCAAUCCGUCAACCAAUCCAAUGUACGCCAGAGCCCGCGGUAAAACAGUAUUUAUUGGACCCAGUGAGCAGCGAUCAUGGAAUCAGCUCCAUGCAGCCAUAUUAACUUGUACGAAACCCGCUUUCUCUCCCUAUCAUUGCUUAUAGUUGUUUUUUUUUGUUUUAACACAAACCGAUGGAAACAGGUGUCAUUAGAAAGAGAUAGCAAAUGUAGAUGUUUUUGUUUAGGCUAUCUCUGCCACCAGUGCUUCGCACGUCGGCAGAUGUCUGUAGGAAGCCAAAAAGGAAAGGUAUCAUUUAGCACCACGCUACUUCGUUGAUCGAAGCCACCAGGAGAGUGUUAAGGAGUUAGUGAGGAGGUUUUGUGUUUUCUUUCAACCGAUGUUUGGAUAGGCGAAGUUCCUUAACACAAAGCGACGGUACAUUGCUGGUCGGGUGGUGAAUUUUGAAAGCAAAACUCCUGCCCAGAAAUACCCAUAUUUUCGGUACCGUUUAAAAUUAACCCUUCUGAACAGUGUGUGUGUGUGAGUGAGUGUGUAUGUGUACGCAUAUAAUAGUGCAUAUUUAAGAUACAGUAGAUGAAUGUUUCUAUUAGCGGAUUGCGGAUUGCUAAGUGCACCAUAUCUAGGAUCCUUAACGGUGGUUAUACAACAAAACAAAACGCUUUCUUAUAUGUUUAUCUCAAUAUAUUCGCGCUAGUUUCUUCA